UGAGAGGACAAAAAGCCGAACGCCUUUGCUGCCACCUUCGCUCGCUUCCAAGACGGAGCGCAGUUAGACGCAGUUCGACUUUCGCCAAACCCCUCCUUUUCCCCACACGGAAACCCUUCCGCGACCCCUCCGAUUCUGCUCUCCAAAUGCUUCCAGCCCUCCCAUGGCACUCGCCGUUUUGCCCUCCCCCGCCUCCUUCCCCUCCUUACAGUCUCCUUCCCUUCUCUUCCUUCCCCAAGUUUCGAGUUUUCCAUUCCUCGUGGAGCGCCAAUCCGGUCGUAGCUCGCGGAAGCCUCGCGUCUUGUUGCUCUGGGAAGAAAUCCAGCCGGAGAGGAAGGGCGUCGAAGAGCAACGAGGAACUGUGUCAUGAGCUUCGGGAGUUCAACUUGGCCAUAGGGCUUCCUGAAAAUCGCGUGCCAUCAAUGAAGGAGCUCUGUGAGAAAGGGAGGAAGGACCUUGCAAAUAUUGUGAGGCGGAGAGGAUAUAAGGCAAUCACAGAGCUUCUUUUAAAUUCAAAUGGAGAGAGCCAUUCAGGAAAGGUUUUGGAAGGAAAGCAAGCUUCGAUAAAUGGAAACUUAUAUGAAACUGCAGUAAUCUUAGGAGGUCAAGAGAGAAACGUAAUUGUGUCUCCUAGCUGCACCUUUUCAUCAAGAAAUUAUUCUUUGGAAGACAUGGUUAAAUCAAAUGGAGCAGUAUCAACGAAGAAUCAUGACCAAGUAUGUGAGGAUUCAUCAGAGUCUUUGCAUCUAAAGGCAGCCAAGUUUGAGCACACUGAAGAAUUGGAUAUAAUAAAAGGUGAAGACACUGAGUUAUAUCAGGAUUGGGCUCCCAAGGCUCACGAACAACACAAUCAGAAUGAGAUCAAUCACUUAAAAAGCUUGCUGGAUCAAAAGGAGGUGGAGCUUUCUCAAUUGAAGCAACAAAUUGAGAAUGAGAAGCUUGCUCUAAGUAAUCUGCAUGCUAAGGGCAUGGCUGAGCUUGGUGAUAUCCAGAGAACGAUUGCAGAGAAAGAUGCUGAACUCCAUGCAGCCGAGGAGAACUUAGAUGGACUAAAAGAGGUUCAUAUUGACUACUGGGCAAAUGGUCAAACUGUAGAAGUUACUGGUAGUUUCAAUGGUUGGCAGCACAGAGUCAGAUUGGAUCUGCAUCCUUCGUCUGGACAAACAAAUCCACGUGGUUUAAGGAAACCAUUGCUCUGGACAACAGUGUUGUGGCUUUAUCCUGGAGUUUACGAGAUAAAGUUCAUCGUUGAUGACCAUUGGCGAAUCGACUUCCAGCGGGAGAUCAUUACUAGUGGUGGCAUAACCAAUAAUUUACUGAGGGUAGACGGAUGAAUCGACCCAAAAUUUCACAACUUUUGCAAGGAGGCUAAAAUUUCCCAAGAAGCUGAUCAAGUAAAGAAUCCAGAGACCAGUGUUCUCCAGAGGUAGCAGAUUGGUGAGGCUUCAGAAAAUGCAGUUGAAAGAAGAUUUUGGUGGCAUGAACCAACAAAUCCAGUGUGAGAAUAUCCCAUAAUUGAAACUGGAUAAUUUCUCCUGCUAAGGAGAAAUCUUCUCUUCGAAACGCGUAAUCACCAUCUUAUUUGUUUUCUUUGUAGCAGUGUCUUAAUAUUUGUUUAUGGUAGUAAAAGAUGCUGGUAACAGAUAGACUCGAUAAAUGCUGCAGCAUCAUUGAAACAUAUGUUAGCAUUAGCCUAUAUGCCAAACUAGUUCGAAGUACAUAUGUUAGAUUCGAUUGUCCUACCAGAUUGUUUCAUUCAGGCUUGAAUGGAUCAAACUUCAUAGGUGUUGUUGAAAUCUGAAAUUUGGAGAAUAUUUUUCUUUCUGAAUAAAGAUACAUACAUGCGGAUGAUGAGGA